UCAAUUUGGCGGCUUUAUUUUUUGGUAUUUCAAAGAAACUCCCGCCAAAAUUACUCAAAUACAAUUUGGGAAAUAGAAAUCAAUUUACACUUCUACUUCUUGUUUAGGAACUACCCACCUCAAUUCUGAGCCAAAAAAGGGAAAUUUUUGAUUAGUGCGAGACGCGUUUGAAUUGGAAGAAAUGUACGGGAAGAAAGGGAGUGAAUUAAUUCAAGAAUUUGCAGAGAGUGAACCUGGGCAGCUUGCAGCUUUUAAUACUGACCUAGUUACGCAAGUACUUGAUGAAUGUAACAGCCAUUUCCUGCACCUCAAUUCCUUGGUGAGGAAAAUGAAUGCAAGAACUCCCGCUGAAAGUUCAAGUGCAAACCGACCAACUCAAAAUGGUGCAAGUUCAAAUACCGAAUCACCUGAUGACAACGAGCCACCUGAGGCUGAUACAAGUACAAAUACGGAGCUCCCCAAAGAUGAUAAUUACCAUGGGCUGCUUAUCCAUCAUCAGUCUCUCACUCGCAACAAACGCUGUCUGAUGGCUUAUGUAUAUAAUCGAUAUUUUUCAGAGAAAGAAUAUUUUAAAAAUCAUGCUGCAACUAUCCAAUCGUACAUGUCAGCACUUGAUCUUGAUCUGGGAGUGGAUAUGGUGCCUCCGAAAGAUCCCUAUAUCAAGGUGAGGGUCCUCGAUGACAUUGGUAAUGUUGUCCUCAGCGACCAAUUAGCCAACCUUGCUCGUCAUGCAAUUCUUUUCAUUAGGCGAACCGAUGCAGAGCAGUAUAUCUCUCAGGGCUUAAUGGAAGAACUCACGAGUUGAUUCCAACGACUAUGAGUUACAAAGCUGGUUCUGAUUGUGCAUUGCUUCUACACAAUUCAGCUGUGUCAGGGCAACUGCUAUCUGGAGGUUGAAGUUGAAUGCUAGCUAGUUCAAAGAGUGCUAAUCAAGUUUGAGAAGGCAUUGGAGACAUGGACGGAAUUGUUGAUUCAUCAAUCAUCAUCCAUGUGUAUACAAAAGAGUGUUUGUUGAUUUUACUAGCAUCUAAACCAGAAGUGGAAUUGUUAUCUAGACUUCAAAAAGUGUGUGGAUUCUGAGAGAGCUUAUUGCUCUUGGAUGAAGAAAGACCUUCAAGUAAAACACAAUUUACUUGUCCUGUA